AUGGAAUUGGAGUUAAAAAAGGUAAAUAUAAAAUACUUUAAUAGAAUUGGAGUUGAAAAAAGCAAACAUAAGAAUUUUAAUAGAAUUGGAGUUGAAAAAGAUGAACAUAAAAAUUCUAAUGGAAUUGGAGUUGAAAAAGGCAAACAUAAAA